AUGCGACAAAAAAUCCUAGAGCUAGAGGAGCUCGACCUGAUAGUUUACCAGACUAAGCACAUACGUACUCCUUACCGUGCGGGACUAGCAAACGGCGUAUUGAACCAAGCACGCGCCGAAUAUCGUUACGAAGGUCUUCUGUCAAAAUUCUUCGCAGCCGACAACAAACGAAAGCACGACCUGCUCUUGGCCAAAGUGGCGGGCAAGACGGUGGUAGAACAAGAAGCUUAA